CUUAGAUCUCUCCUCGAUUACUUCCUUUUUAAUUUCUAUGGCUCUCUAAAAUCUCUCCCUCUCUCUCUCUCUUACUUGUAUUACGAUCUCUGCUUGAAGACUAUGGACGGCGCCGAUGGAACCGUUCGCGUCAAACCUGGUCGCGGAUUUGAAACGGAGACGGAUGUUGCGGUUUCGUCGCCAGUGACACGUCAGAAAGCUGCUGCAGCUAAGCAAUUCAUCGAGAAUCAUUAUAAGAAUUACUUGCAAGGCUUGCACGAACGAAUGGAGAGACGCAGGGAGUUUCAGAGGAAAGUGCAAGAAGCUCAGUUACCUGUCGAGGAACAAGAUGAGAUGAUGAGGAAUCUGGCACGUCGUGAAACUGAGUAUAUGAGACUUCAGAGACGUAAAAUUGGGAUUGAUGACUUUGAGCUUUUGACCGUUAUUGGCAAAGGUGCCUUUGGUGAGGUUAGAUUAUGCCGUUUGAGAUCUACAUCUGAGGUUUAUGCGAUGAAGAAAUUGAAAAAAACUGAGAUGCUUAGCCGUGGACAGGUUGAGCAUGUCAGGUCCGAGAGGAACUUACUUGCAGAAGUUGACAGCCGUUACAUUGUAAAGCUUUUUUACUCUUUUCAAGAUUCUGAAUGUUUGUAUCUUAUCAUGGAGUAUUUACCUGGGGGUGACAUCAUGACUUUACUCAUGAGAGAAGACAUUCUUUCUGAAGACGUUGCCCGUUUUUAUAUUGCGGAGAGCAUUCUUGCUAUCCAUUCAAUUCAUCAACACAACUAUGUUCACAGGGACAUCAAACCUGACAAUUUGAUACUAGACAAAAGUGGUCAUUUGAAGCUUUCGGAUUUUGGCUUAUGUAAGCCACUAGAUGAUAAGUAUUCUUCACUGCUAUUAGAAGACGAUGAAAUGUUGUCUCAGGAUUCAGAGAACCAGUCAGGAAAAUCAGACGCUGACAAAGCACCCUGGCAAAUGCCUAAAGAGCAGUUACUGCAAUGGAAGCGCAAUCGCCGUGCAUUGGCUUAUUCAACCGUUGGAACUCUUGAUUACAUGGCUCCAGAAGUACUGCUAAAGAAAGGAUAUGGAAUGGAAUGUGAUUGGUGGUCUCUCGGUGCAAUUUUGUAUGAGAUGUUAGUUGGGUAUCCCCCGUUCUGUUCUGAUGACCCCCGUAUAACAUGCCGCAAGAUAAUUAAUUGGAGGGUAUGCUUGAAAUUCCCUGAAGAACCAAAAAUAUCAGAUGAAGCCAGAGACUUGAUUUGUCGGUUGCUUUGUGAUGUUGAUUCAAGGUUGGGAACCAGAGGUGUUGAGGAGAUAAAGUCGCAUCCAUGGUUCAAAGGCACCCCAUGGGACAAACUGUAUGACAUGGAGGCAGCUUAUAGACCCAUUGUCGAUGGAGAACUAGACACACAAAAUUUUGAGAAGUUUCCUGAGGUUGAAGGAUCACCAUCCGAAGCACCACAAGUUGGUCCUUGGAGAAAGAUGUUGACGUCCAAGGACACCAACUUCAUAGGAUUUACAUUUAAGAAGUCAGACAUCACAAGAUCAAUGGAAAGUUCAGGUGCGGACAUGAAAUCAAAUGGAUCAGGGGAAGCCCCGUCGUUGAUAUCAUUGUUAGGUCGGAUCAAUAUGGAAGAAGGUGAAGGUGGUGAGUUAAACCACAAGACAUAGAGAAGAAAUACAAAUAUUAUUGAUUU